AUGAAGGUCUUCGUUCCCAUCGUCGUGGCUGCGGUCACCUUUUCGCCCGCUUCCGGCGCUACGGAAUGGAUCGAUGCUCUGACUCCGAUCAAAAAUGACGACGCGUACCACAUGAGCUACGUUCACAUGGUGCACGCUCGAGUUCAGAGUGACGCCCCGCUUUCGAACGACACGAUGGGCGCCUUCGGCUCCAAGUAUUACGACACCGCCGAGGAGCAGUUCCGCGGGUUGCUGGACACUGUGAACACCGCCUCUGUCGAAGGCGCACUGAUGUACGUCCAAGCUGAAGGCAUCGACUACCGAGUCCGAAACGAGACUGGCACUUGCAAACGGAAGAACAACAUUAAGUACGUCGUCUUCUACGACAUUGUCUUCGCGCAAACCAACGAGACGCUGGCGGAGUACGAGAGCGAGUACGGCCCCUUCUUGGCUAUGGACGGCGAUCGGUGCAACCAGGUGCAUGGCACCGAGUCGGAGGAGUGUCUGUCACUGAACGGCGACGCCACUCUCGGCGUGCCCAACGUUGGGCCGUUCAUCGGCGGUCAGCAAGAAAACGACCGACCCGCGCGCGCCACCCCCACCUGCCGCGCCAGCACUCGCCAGGGUCUCUGCAACAUGAACACUCUGCCGGACGGCAUCACGUGCACGUACAACUACCGCGUGCUUGGGUACGUUCCACUCGACGACGUUGUCGGCAUCACCGCCAUGCCCAACUCGGCCAAAACGGGAACGUACGCCAACUUCAGUGAGUUCUGCUUGGACGGAGGCAUUGAGUUCAAGACAAACACUGAUGGUGCAGUCCUUGACAACAUUGACUUCUGGGAUAACCCUCUGGAUACGGACGCAAAUACCGCCCGGGCACAGACCCUUCUCGACACCUACGAAACCCUGCUAUCAACGAAGACGUCUACACAGAUCAGUAGCGAAGUCAUUGGCCACAUGACCGCUCUUCCGACUGUGGACGACCUCGUCGCUGAAAACCCGCCUUGCUACAAGAACAUCAAGGAGUGCGCCGAGGCAACUCAUGGCUGCAAGCGCGACCUGUACGGCCAGGUCUGCACUGUGUGCACGAACGAUAGUGCUGGAUGUGAGAAGGUGCAGGAUGAGUUUGCCUUCCCGACGCUAGCGAAGGGCACAGUACCUGAGGCCUCGAGUAGCAGCUCGUCAGCUACCGGCAGUAGCACAACUGAUGACACAACUCCGACUCUAACCCCCACGACGGCGAGUGCCAGCACCACAUGGGGUGCCGCAAACGCUGCGCUGACAAUCGGUGCGCUGGUCGCUUCAUUUGGUCUCACCUUCCUGAUGGCCUAG